AUGGCUCGCACCAAGCAGACCGCCCGUAAGUCCACCGGUGGCAAGGCCCCCCGCAAGCAGCUGGCCACCAAGGCCGCUCGCAAGUCCGCCCCCGCGACGGGAGGAGUGAAGAAGCCUCACCGCUACAGGCCCGGAACCGUCGCCCUGCGCGAGAUCCGCAAGUACCAGAAGUCCACGGAGCUGCUGAUCCGCAAGCUGCCCUUCCAGCGCCUGGUCCGCGAGAUCGCCCAGGACUUCAAGACCGACCUGCGCUUCCAGUCCUCCGCCGUGCUGGCCCUGCAGGAGGCCGCCGAGGCCUACCUGGUCGGCCUGUUCGAGGACACCAACCUGGCUGCCAUCCACGCCAAGCGCGGAAAGACCUCCGGCAGCAAGGCCGUGAGCAAGUCCUCCAAGGCGGGCCUGCAGUUCCCCGUCGGGCGUAUCGCCCGCUACCUGAAGAACGGCCGCUACGCUGAGCGCAUCGGUGCCGGUGCCCCCGUGUACCUUGCAGCUGUCCUGGAGUACCUGGCGGCCGAGGUGCUCGAGCUGGCCGGCAACGCCGCUCGCGACAACAAGAAGACCCGCAUCGUGCCCCGCCACAUCCAGCUGGCGGUCCGCAACGACGAGGAGCUGUCCAAGCUGCUCGCCGGCGUGACCAUCGCCGAGGGCGGUGUGCUCCCCAACAUCCAGUCGGUGCUCCUGCCCAAGAAGACCGGCAAGAAGGACGAGUAA